GUGUCCUCAGUGUGUUAGAAAAUUGUGUUUGUUUUGUGUAUUACAAAGAAAUGCCAAGGGGUUUCCGGUUCCGCUGUCCUCUUUCUCUUCAACGAGGCAGCCAAACGGAGGCCAACAUGCAGAUCUUCAUGAAGACCCUGAAGGGAAAGACCAUCACUCUUGAGGUCGAGCCCAGUGACACCAUGGAGAAUGUCAAGGCCAAGAACGAAGACAAGGAAGAGUCCACCUUGCACCCGGUGCUGCGCCUGCGCAGUGGCAUCACCGCGCAGUCCCUUCGUCAAUUUGCCCAGAAGUACAACUGUGACAAGAUGAUCUGUGGCCAGUGCCACGCACGCCCCCAUGCAGUCAACGGAUGCAAGAAGGGCAGCCACACCGACAACCUGCGCCCCAAGAAGAAGGCCAAAUAA